AUGGAGGUUAAUGCAAUUAAUGCAUUCAAAUUCCCAGUUUCUUCUAGUGAUCGAAACUAUGUUGUUGAUCUUCGUGCUAGGAGUUGUUCUUGUCAUGAGUUUGAUCUUGACUUGAUCCCUUGCCCUCAUGCUGCUGCUGCUAUAUUCAAGUCAAAGCAAUCUUGCAUUGCUUUUGUGUCUAGCUACUAUACAAUGCAGACGUUACGUGAGAUGUAUUCUAUUGAUGUUAAUCCUAUCCCACAUCAAGAUGAGUGGGAUGUUCCUGCGGAUGUGAGUUCAAGGGUUGUUCGUGUACCACAGAAUCCUAGUCAAUCAGGGCGUCCACAGGCUUCUAGAAUUCCUUCAGCAAUGGAAUCUUCUACAAAGUCACAUGUUAGUGUUUGUUCAAGAUGCCACAAAACAGGUCAUUACAAGUCAAAGUGUAAAGAAGAAAUUCCAAUUCCCAUAGAAAGUGAUGAGCAAGAAGUUGAUCGUCCUCGUCGUGCUAAGCAUUGCAGUAUUUGCCAAGAGACUGUGUCCGUCAUUUAA